ACGCAAGACAGAGCAAGAGCUGCAGAGAGAGAGAGCGGCAUCCGGCAGAGGGCACGCGGAGGGGAGAGAUCUAUUGCAUUUUUUUGGUAGGUUUAAAGAAUCGGAGCCUGUAGAGAGGGAAGGGAGGCAAGACUAAAACAGAAACCUAGCUUCUGCCAUGGUCGAUAAGAAGAGAAGCAGGAGAUAGUGUGAAGCAGAGAAAAAGCACUAGAAAAAGGAGUUGUUGCCUAGAAGCAAGGAUCCAAGUAGAGAUAGAAAGCUAAAGAAGAUACUGAGAGAUUAAGUGACGCUAGAUGGGCAGGGAAAAGAACAGAGCGAGGGGGGACCGAUUUUAGGAGAAGAGGAAAUUUUGGGUUUUGAAGGUCUGAUCUCAAGGUUGCGAAAUUUAAGAAGGGUGAAGGUUGAGCCGAGACAUAGAAGAGGGAUUGAGAGCGCUCGGGAUUGAGAAGAAACGAAGAAGGUAGAGAGUUCAUUGGAGGCGGGGGGUAAGUCGGCAUCGUGUUUCCUUCUCCAUUUUGCAUGCUUAUUGGGAGGUCUUUUGUCCAAGUCAAGUCCAUUUACCGUGAUGAAUGAAAAUGGAAUGGAGAGUUAAUGAUGGAAAUCUCUUGUAUGACUGGAAUUUCAUGCCUGCAAUGAACUGGGAUGAGUAAUUUACUUCCAACUUGGUGAAAUGUCUUAAGUAUCUUAUCAAUUUCAAUGACUUCCUGGUAAUUGGUACCCAUUAAUUGUGGUUAUUAUCUGCAAGUCAUGGACAAGUCGAGUGCUCUGGAGUACAUCAACCAGAUGUUCCCAACAGAGGCAUCUUUAUCUGGCGUCGAGCCACUUAUGCAAAAAAUACAUAGUGAGAUUCAUCGUGUUGAUGCUGGAAUAUUAGCUGCUGUUCGCCAACAGAGUAAUUCAGGAACGAAAGCCAAGGAAGAUCUUGCUGCUGCAACACGGGCUGUGGAGGAAUUAUCUUAUAAAAUCCAAGAAAUAAAAACCAAAGCUGAACAAAGCGAAGCAAUGGUUCAAGAAAUAUGCCGUGACAUUAAGAAGUUGGAUUUUGCAAAGAAGCAUAUAACAACUACAAUUACUGCUCUUCAUCGCCUAACUAUGCUAGUCUCUGCUGUGGAGCAACUGCAGGUAAUGGCUUCAAAACGACAUUAUAAGGAGGCAGCUGCACAGCUGGAGGCUGUUAACCAGUUAUGUAGCCAUUUCGAAGCAUAUCGGGAUAUUCCGAAAAUCACAGAGCUCAGGGAGAAGCUAAAGAACAUAAAACAAAUACUAAAGUCACAUGUUUUUUCUGAUUUUUCAAGUUUAGGUACAGGAAAAGAAGCAGAAGAAACUAAUUUGUUGCAGCAGUUAUCUGAUGCUUGCUUGGUAGUUGAUGCUUUAGAGCCAUCUGUGAGAGAAGAGCUGGUAAAUAACUUCUGCAACAGAGAGCUAACUUCAUAUGAACAGAUUUUUGAAGGAGCUGAACUGGCUAAGUUGGAUAAAACUGAACGAAGAUAUGCAUGGAUAAAGCGUCGAAUAAGAACGAAUGAAGAAAUAUGGAAAAUAUUUCCUCCUUCAUGGCAUGUUCCUUAUGGCUUGUGUAUCCAGUUCUGUAAGAAAACAAGGAAACAACUAGAGGGGAUCCUUGAUAACCUGAAAGAAAAGCCAGAUGUUGGAACACUAUUGCUGGCAUUACAGAGAACUCUGGAGUUUGAGGAUGAAUUAGCAGAGAAAUUUGGUGGUAGUGCUCCAAAUAGAGAGAUUGCCAAUGACAUUGAAGAAAUUGGUACAGGGGAAAAGAAUGGUCAGAAUAAUGUGUCCGACAUUCGUAAGAAGUAUGAAAGAAAGCUUGCUGCACAUCAGGGAAGUGGAGUUGAAGAAAAUAAUGGAAAGGACUUGUCUGUGCCUGGAGCUGGGUUCAACUUUCGUGGAAUUAUCUCAUCUUGCUUCGAACCUCACUUGACAGUUUAUGUAGAAUUAGAAGAGAAGACACUAAUGGAGAAUCUUGAAAAACUCGUUCAGGAAGAAACCUGGGAUAUUGAGGAGGGGAGUCAAAAUAAUGUUUUGUCUAGCAGCAUGCAGUUGUUUCUUAUAAUCAAGAGGAGCUUGAAACGUUGCAGUGCUCUGACAAAGAAUCAAACUUUAUUUAAUUUGUUCAAGGUUUUUCAACGAGUUCUAAAAGCAUAUGCGACAAGGCUUUUUGCAAAACUCCCUAAAGGCGGGAUGGGAAUUGUUGCAGCAGCAACAGGAAUGGAUGGACAGAUAAAGACAUCUGACAGGGAUGAGAAGGUGAUCUGUUACAUUGUGAAUUCAGCUGAAUAUUGCCACAAAACGUCUGGUGAGCUGGCAGAAAGUGUGUCCAAAAUAAUAGAUUCUCAUUUGGCAGCUGAUGUGGAUAUGUCAGAAGUGCAGGAUGAAUUUUCAGCAGUUAUAACAAAAGCAUUGGUGACAUUAGUGCUUGGCUUUGAAACUAAGUUUGAUGCUGAAAUGGCUGCCAUGACACGUGUUCCAUGGGGAACCCUUGAAAGUGUUGGCGACCAAUCUGAGUAUGUCAAUGGAAUAAAUAUGAUCCUUACCAGUAGCAUUCCUAUACUAGGGAGUCUUCUUUCACCAAUUUACUUCCAGUUCUUCUUGGACAAGCUAGCAUCAUCUCUUGGUCCACGGUUCUACAGUAAUAUUUUCAAAUGCAAGCACAUAUCAGAAACUGGAGCUCAACAAAUGCUACUGGAUACACAAGCUGUAAAGACAAUUCUUUUAGAGAUUCCUUCUCUGGGCCGGCAGACAUCAGGUGCUUCGAGUUAUUCGAAAUUUGUAAACCGUGAGAUGAGCAAGGCUGAAGCUCUUUUAAAGGUUAUACUUUCCCCAGUUGAUUCUGUAGCAGAUACGUAUCGUGCAUUGCUACCAGAGGGAACACCAAUGGAGUUUCAGCGUAUUCUGGAGCUUAAGGGCCUAAAAAAAGCGGAUCAGCAAGCUAUUCUAGAUGACUUCAACAAGCAUGGGCCUGGGAUUACACAACCUUCUAUAGUUGUCCCAGCUGCCCCAGCUGCUCCUGCGGCACCAGUAAUUAAUAAUCCAAUGUCAGUUGGGUUUAUCACUUCCAGAGAAGAUGUGCUAACCAGAGCAGCAGCACUUGGUCGAGGUGCAGCUACAACAGGGUUCAAGAGGUUUCUUGCUCUAACUGAAGCUGCCAAAGACCGGAAAGAUGGACCUUUCAGGAAGCUAUUUAAUGCAUAAGCACUGAAGAGCAGAUGCUGUUCAUAUAACUUGUACUUUACCUGAUCAUACGAGGUAUUUCAUCCAUGAGUAUUCAAGCUUCGAGGAUGUUGAGAAUCAUUUGUAAGUUCCAUUUAGUGGAAAAUGUGGCUAGUCACGGAAUUCAAAAUGAGCUACUACUAUAUGACCUUUGUUCUGGUGAAAGCUGUUGUUCCAUGCCAGCAUAUUUGAUUGGUAUCAUCUGCUGGACUGACAAAAAUGAAUGUGAAAGGCUUUUCUGUAGAUUUUUUACUCUGUAGAAUUGAUCUGUUUGUUUCAUCCUCGGGGUGACUAAUCUAUCUUCUUUAAGGGGUUUUUCCCCCCUUUCAUAGGGAACUAUAACUAUAUUAAUGACAAAAUUUUGGGUCAAUUGUUGUCUCA